AUGGAUGUGCCCGAGCCCGAGCAGACGCCCUUCACUGCCGUCACGGCGCAGACUUCGAAGUUGACGCGCAAAUACCAAGCAUUGCUUGAUGCCUCGACUCCUUACGCCACGUACCGUUGGGUGGGAUCCGGCGUCCUACUCGCCCUCUUCUUCCUGCGCAUUGUACUUGCACAAGGGUGGUACAUCGUCGCAUACACGCUUGGCAUCUACCUCCUGAACUUGUUCCUCGCCUUCUUGACUCCCAAAUUUGACCCCUCCCUCACCCAAGAUGAAGGUCUGGAGGAUGGUGAUGCCGGCUCUCCCAGUCUCCCCACCAAGCGCGACGAGGAGUUCCGACCCUUCAUUCGUCGUCUGCCUGAGUUCAAGUUCUGGCACGCCGCUACCCGGGCCAUCACGAUUGGCUUCGUGUGCAGUUGGUUCUCCGUCUUUGAUAUCCCUGUCUUCUGGCCAGUCUUGGUCAUGUACUGGAUUAUCCUGUUCGUCUUGACUAUGCGCCGCCAAAUUCAGCACAUGAUCAAGUAUCGAUACGUGCCUUUCUCCUUUGGCAAGACUCGAUACGGCCGGUCCUAG